GACCACUAAAGGCCUGUUCACACGAUCCAAUGUCGGACUAUCCACACACUGUAUACAGAUCAGUGACUGGAAAAGACGUGAAAUCCAAGAUGGCCGACGGUUCACAACAACAACAACAAGGAGAAAGCGGUUGGAUUCCUGCUACAAAAAGACCGGACGGUACUUGGAGGAAAGCUAGAAGAGUAAAAGAAGGUUACAUCCCUCCGGAUGAAGUAGAGAAAUACGAAAGCAAGGGUACAAAGUGGACGAAAAACCAAUGCAACGUUCCGCCAGGAGCGAGCGUGGACAGUGCGAUUCCGCCACAGAAAUUGAGUAAAAAUCAAAAGAAAAAUGAACGGAAAAAAGCGAAAAGGAAAGAGAAGCAAGAAAGUGAGAGGAAUUCUAGUGCAGUUGAAGAAGUUACCACUGAACUGUCUAUUGCAUCGAUCACAGAAACUAAUGCAGAUUUGGAGAGUGAAGCAGCAGCAAAGAAAGCUAAGAACUUAAAAAAGAAACUUCGCCAAAUUGAUGAGCUUCAAGCAAAAGUCAACAGUGGGGAAAUGAAAGAUAUAACUGCUGAACAAAAUGAAAAAUUAGCAAGAAAGGAAGCGCUUGAACAAGAGCUUGAGGAAUUAGAAGAAAAAAUGAUAUAGGAUCUACAUUUUAAACAGAAUUUUUCAAUCUACUAUAAAUCCAUAUUGCUUAUUGCUUUCAAAUCCAUUCAAACCUGCCAUUUUGUCCAAAGAUUUUCUUUUAUUGUAUUUUCCAAAGAUCUACUUUGCUCAAGUUUUUGCUACCAAGAGAGAGAGAGAAAAAUGAGAUAAUUAAUCCUUUAAGCUACCUUAAAGCAGGCUUAAAGUGAUCUGAUGUUGUACAGAAAUCAUGUUGGUAUAGUUAGGCAUGUUCAAAGACCAUGCAGAGAUUGUACAUGUUUAUUAAUGUGAGCUAGCUUUAAGUGAUCUGAUCUUGUACAAAACUCAUAUGAGUAGACCUCUCACAAAUCUCACCUGUGUUCCCUCUCAGUUGACAGAGUUAAGCAUGGUUAUA